GAUGCGUCUAACAAGGAUAUCGGUAAUUCUGGCCUGUUGCUUUAUUAUGCUGAGUUACGUAGGAUCGGCGCCUGCACCGCAGGAGCCAUUUUUUGAACUGCCCGUGCAACUAGUUGGCUUUCCAGUUAUAAUAGCCGCUGUUCGAAUUACAAAUUUUGUUAAGAAAUUGGCUUACUCACUCAAUCCUCAAACAUAUAUGAAUCGAACUAAAAGAACACUUCCAAGACCGCACGAUGAAGAAAUUCUAGACGUUGGAACCGUUGAAAAAAAGCUGAUAGCUGAACUUGGAGAAAAUGUCUGCAUUUACGAAAGAAUAUGCGCGAAAUAUGCAGAGAUAACGCUACAAAAGAGGAGUAGAGAACGCGCACUCGACUGGGAUGUUGUUUUCAGUCAAUACAAAUCCUCGCCCAAUUUGAUGAAGGAGAACUAUUUACUCAGCGUGUUCUUGGGUGACAUUGUCGGCAGCCCACGACUUUGUCAUCAGUUGGCGAAACGCGGAAGAGAGUGCACGAUCCCUUUAUCGGAUUGAUUGCACAUCCCGAGCUCUCAAUCAAAGAUAAAACUCUACUAACGUUCAUGUAAUUUCACGUUCGUCAAUUUAGGAGGCGGCUUAAGUGCUCUGUAAAUAAUAUCGCGCGAACAGCACAUAACCGGCUGCUCAGUCCUCGAAUAAGUUUUCCCGUGGUAAAAUGGAGAGAAAAAAAGAGGAAAAAAAAACAUGGCCGCUUGCUCUUUCAUUAUAUCGCGUGUACUCAAUUUCAUUGGACACUUUGACAAAACCCGCGGUAGCCGAGAAUUUAUUGAAAACGCGCGUAAAAGAGCUUGUACAAAGACGACGUCUGCGCAAAGUAAUUAAUUCCUAAGUUGACAAGAUAAAGUAAUACCUCCCUAGCUUACUGUUUAUAAAUAUCUUCGUGUUUUAAGCGCGACGUGAGUUAUCGUGUCCGAUUGUCCAAGCAAACGACAUAAAAAUCAAAGCGCGUCGAAGGUACAUUACAUUUGACGCUCGUGUACGCUUACGUAUAGCCGCACUUUCUCCGAGUGAAGUAAUAGCUCCUUCCUAUCCCUCCCGCCCACCCGUACUCCCCCUCCG